UUCCUGUCACUGUGGUUACAGCCAGGAAGUAACGGAGGAUCUUUAGCAUGUCAACAACAUCUUGAUCUUCAUUUUACCGUCAACUUUAAAAAGCUGUGACUCCUCUCCGACAGAGAAAGACGAUGAGUGGGAGCGGUGACGAUGUCCAGCCUGUGGACUGCACAAUCAAACCUCCCAUCUACCUGCAGAUUGGAGAAAUCCAAAGCGACGCCGCUCACUCUGGUGUGUGUGUUGUGGAUGUCACCCUGCCCUUCGGAAAGCCUGUGAACAUUGCAGAAAUCACCUUUAAGAACUAUUACACAGCGUAUGUGACGCUGCGCUUGCUGAGGAGGGGCCCCGCGCAGGAGGCCCCCGCAAAGUGGAGCAUUGCUCUGAGAGACCUGCCUCUGAUGGACAACCCCCACACUGAGGGGGGGUCCCAGGACUACUGCUCCAUACACAGAACACAGAUGCAGGUGGAGCCGGAUCACGUGGUGUCUGUGAGGCUGAUCCUGAGGCAGCCGUCCUCCGCCUGGCUCGCCUUCAGCCUGGAGCACGUCAGAAUAUUCCCACACACGGAGCCGGACCCAGAGAAGGAGGUUUCUGAUUGGCUGUCUGACCUGACGCUGGUUGACCAACACCCUGACCUGGAGGGCCUCCCGGACCCCCAGACCGUCUCAUCCAGUCUCCAGCAGAUGUGGGCUCUGACGGAGGUGAUGCAGACCAACCAGACGACGGCCUCCAUCGGACGAUUUGACGUGGACGGACGCUACGACAUCAACCUGCUCUCCCUGACGUAGCGAGGCCGUCGUGUUGCUACGUGGAGCUCGCUUCAUGGCGUGACAACGUUUGACCACGCUUGAGAAGCUUUGAGGACAGAAACAGUUGAAUGUGUGUGUUGGAAGCAUGAUGUCACUAAUGAUUGACUGUGACGUUCAUGUUGCUCAUCACUCCUCACUGUUCUGUUUCUCAGCUUCUCCUUUGGCAUGUACUUUAACUCUGUGUGUGUGUGUGUGUGUGUGUGUGUGUGUGUGUGUGUGUGUGUGUGUGUGUGUGUGUGUGUGUGUCAAUAUAGACACUAGCAUCAAUAAAAACU